AUGUUUUCAGUAAAUGUUAAACGUGUUCGUUUGUUCAACUUAAAACAAAUUACAUAGGCCUACAUGGAGAAGAAGUAAAUUAUUGUAUGACACUUAGUUCGAUCACAUUCCUACCCAAUCCAGACAUAGGCCUAGGCAUAUACUAUGUCUCCUGGACUGUUCUUGAUUGUUUGUAGUUCUUGCUUAGCCCUUUUAAAUACAGUAGGCCUUUGUGAAGGUCGGAAAAAUAAUGAUCUUUGUGAUUUUCAUGUUACCGUUCUUCGCCAGCUUGAAAAUGAUGGAUUUCACAGAGAGAUUCACUCACUUGUUGAGCUGAUGGGAGGCUACGGAAUCAUCCAGAGACAACAUUGCUCUCUAGCGCUGAGAGAGACAUUGCCUGCAGGGAUGUAUGUUAGUCCGGAUCAACUGGAUGACUUAGCUCGUCUAGGACAGGUACAAGCCUGUGCCAACUCCAGCGUAGACACGGAGGCCCCAGAGCCAGCCUCUGCGCCCAUCUCUGUUAUGGUGUAUUCUGGCCUGGAGAGGGCAGAGAACUUACUGUCUGCUAGACUGUCUCUACCUGUCCACGCACGCUACCAUGCACCCAGCGAUGACGGUGGCUACCAGACCAUUAGUAUGGGCAGUCCAGACGUGCUAAUAAGGUGUGCUGGUCCACUAAACUGUCCAGAGCUAAACACUUUCUCUCUGCCAUGUUACGCUUGCAGUGAAGAGAUCUGUACAUGGACGCAGCUUCCAUACAAAACUAACGCAGAGAAUCUUUACAUGCAGGUACCUGUAGGCAAUCUCCAACAUUACAUCCUAGUCACUAUUCUCACAUUCACAAUCACUACAGGAGGUGCUGUCUACAUUCUCUCAGUCAUGGCUAACAGUGCUACCAACAUUCUGUAAACUUUUGUAAUUUUGUUUUUAUCCAUUCCAACAAUUGGCAAUUGGCAAUACAAGAAUUCUUUCUAAGACAAUACUUAGAAAUAAGUUGAGAAAUUAGUUGACAUAAGUUGAUUAAUUUCUGCACAAGUCGGCGGAAGAGUUGUAUCAAGUGGGGAUUACAAAGUUUCUAAAGAGACUCUAAAAAUGCAUUAACAUGAUAGAGGCUAUAUUCCUUUGUAGGGAAACCCCAAGAUUGCAGAAUAUGUAAUUUGUUUUGUAAUAAAUUUAAAUUUACUAUGUGAAAAAGCAUU